ACGAGAUUUAUGAUCAAGUGACCUGCCAUUUCCGGGAUGAAGUAGGAUGAAAACUGAGGAAGAGAAAGACGGUUUCUGUUUGUGAUGCUGGACAGAAAUUGUUGUUACAAUGAGUGAAAUAGCUAAUUCUGCUGAGUACAAGAGCUUUAGGAGCUCAGUUCCUAUGAAAAAGUUUAUUGUAGAUGAUGAUCAAACAAAAGAGUGGGCACUCUAUGAUGCAGGGCCGAAGAGUGUAAGAUGUCCGAUGAUUUGUUUCCCUCCUGCCAGUGGAACUGCUGAUGUUUACUUUCGUCAGGUGCUAGCACUGUCUGCACACGGUUACAGAGUGAUUGCUGUGGAGUAUCCCGUAUACUGGACAAUGAAAGAAUUUUGUGAUGGCUUUAGGAAGUUGUUAGAUCAUCUACAGCUAGACAGGGUCCAUCUGUUUGGAUCAUCACUUGGUGGUUUCCUGGCUCAGAAGUUUACAGAGUUCACCAAUUUGUCUCCUAGAGUGGCAUCUCUGAUUUUGUGCAAUUCUUUUUACGAUACAUCAAUAUUUCAGCAGACAAACUCAGCUCCAACGUUCUGGAUGAUGCCUGCAUUAAUUCUCAAGAAAAUGGUGAUGGGGAACUUCGAGAAGGGUCCCUCUGACCCCAGUAUAUGUGACUCUGUUGAUUUCCUUGUGGAAAAGCUGGAUAAUUUGUCCCAGCAGCAGUUGGCUUCCCGUCUGACAUUAAACUGUAUGAACUGCUAUGUAGAACCUCAAAAGGUGUCUCAGGUCCCCAUCACCAUCCUCGACGUAUUUGAUGACUGUGCCUUGUCCUUCUCUGCACGAGAGGAAAUGUACAAAUGUUACCCAGAUGCCAAAAAGGCUCACCUAAAAUCCGGAGGAAAUUUCCCUUACCUAAGUCGUUGUGAUGAAGUUAACAUCUUUAUACAAAUUCACCUGAAGCAGUUCCAGGGAAUGAGAUAUAGUGCCAGUGAUAGUGUGCCGUUGACAGAUGAGAAUGAAUCCUCAAGAGAACAAAUAUCAGUUGUAAGAGGUAUAGGCUGUAUGACUUGCUGCAAUGCUAGACACAUUGUUCGUGUAUCACCAGCUCCUGACACUAAUCCCGAUAUCAUUGAGAUUAGAAAGGGCCGUUACCUGAGGGUUCAGCAUUUCAAUAAACAAAAGAGAGAUGGCAAAUUUGAAAAGGAAAUGCAGAUGUUCAUGGAAUACAAACACACAGGGAUGCUCCCAAACAUUGCCACACAUUUGAGUAAACGACGAACUAAUGGUGAGAAAACAUCCACUCAAACUACUCCUAACAAAAGCACUGGCAAUGAUGACAUGUCCAGGUCUCAUGUGUCUAACGAUGCUUCAAAUGAUGUAAUAAAUAGUCUUCCUAAUGGCAACACAAACAAUGAGCGACCAUUGACAGAAAAAAGUAUAACCAGUCGACAAACCAUUCCGACUCCGAGUAGAGGUAUUUCACAGGCUUCCCAUGUAGACAGUCAGAGUGUCAUGUCAUCUUCCAAUGUAACUAUAUCUGUGGAUCAGCAAGGAAAACGCAUAGAUCUAGGCCACGUUGAUGCUGGGCCUACCAUAGAUGAGGGCAGGGAGUCUGAAACUUCCCAUAGCAAACAAAGUCUAGCUGAUAAACCACCACUACACUCGCAUGCUGCGGGUAAACUCAGUGGAAAGGAGAUGCAGAGCAAUGGUAUAGACAAAAGCAUGGUGUUAUUUUUCAUUCAUGGUGUUGGUGGAUCGUCGGAUGUCUGGAAGUCACAGAUAGAUUAUUUUUCUGGUCUUGGGUAUGAGAUUGUGUGCCCUGACAUGAUUGGACAUGGAUUGAGCUGUGCUCCAGACAGACAACAAGCGUACCAUUUUGAUGAGAUCCUUGCAGACCUUGAUGAGAUAUUUGAUAAAUACUGUAAAAGAAAGAACGUCAUUAUUGGACACUCCUAUGGAUGUGCAUUCGCCACAGUGCUGGCCCGACAACGUUCCAGUCGUGUCCACAAGUUGAUCCUAGUGAGUGGAGGAGGACCUAAUCCUCUGGCACCCCAGCCAGGUGUCUUCUCCCUACCACUGUGUAUGCUGUCCUGUAUCAAGCCAUGUCUUUCAUGUUGCUUUCAUCGGAGAGCUUUUAAGUCCAGUUCUGAAUUGCCAGUAUCUAAGGAAACAACUUUCGACAUUCCGACAUAUGUGCUUAGUUACAUCAUGAAUGGUCAGUACUGGCCAGACGGAGAUGACAUGUACCACAGCUGGAUAGCUGUCAGUACCCUUCUAGUAUACGGACGCCAUGACAUCUUUGUCAGUCUGCAGGAGGAGGAGGAAAUGAACAAGGUAAUCUAUGGUUCCCAGUUGGAGGUAGUCGACCAUGCAGGACACAUGGUAAUGAUAGAAACCCCGGACGUGUUCAAUCAAAUCGUACAUACCUUUAUAGAUGAAAGCUGGGCUCUACAAGCCUCUAGUCAACAGGCCCCUAACACAGGAACUGAUGAGGGGUCAAGCUCCGUGCCCGAAAGAAGUCAUACUCCACAUACUGAUCGUUUACCCAGCAGGGCAAGUCAUCUGUCUAUCAGAUCUGCGAAGUCCACCAAAUCCACCAAGUCCAUGCCUAGAGGUGUGUUGUCCAUGAGAAGCUAGCUGGAGUCAUAGUAUAGGUAUUCAAUGGAAAACAUGUUUCCACCAUAAGAUGUUUACCAGUUUUUACAAUUGUAUAUUGAUAAUACAACUUUCAAACCCAUGUCCUUUGUACAUGUCUUCAGGCGUGUAGAAAAGGAUAGAACACCAGUAUUUUUUAAUCAAUUUGACGUGUCAACUUGUUGAUUUUUGUACUGACGGCCAUAUUGAUAGUGUUACACCAAAUUUGUGAUGUUCAGACUGUGAUAAUUUUUCCCUCCUGGCAGUUUUCUGUCUCCGUUGUUAUACUUUAUACACAUAAAUUAUAUUUUAUAUUUAGUGUAAUUUUGUGAUCAGUGCUGAAUUUUUGUGCAUGAAUCCCAGAAAUGUCCUCCAAAUGUCAAGAGAUCUGGAUUUUAAAUAUUAGUUACCCAUUUAUUAAUACCAUAUUUGUACUGUACUUGUGUAUUUGGUUUGGGGCCGCGGUGGCCGAGUGGUUAAGGUGUCCCGACACUUUAACACUAGCCCUCCACCAAUGGGUUGCGAGUUCGAAACCUACGUGAGGCAGUUGCCAGGUACUGACCGUAGGUCGGUGGUUUUCUCCGGGUACUCCGGCUCUCCUCCGCCUCCAAAACCUGGCACGUCCUUAAAUGACCCUGGCUGUUAAUAGGACGUUAAACAAAAACAAACCAAAUGGUUUUAAUAUGAGUCGCAUUAACAGAUUUUGUAUACUGCACAUGCAUAUAAGAUGUAAAACUAUUAAGUAGUUUGAGAUUGUUACUAUACCCCUGGUUGGUUUGUCGGGAAAUGAUCACCAGAGAUACAGCUGUCUUUAGUGAGUAGGGAGAGUUCAUCAGGAUCCCGAAUAUUAGCAUAUUUGUACCAACUUCCGAGCAAGAUAAAACUAAUACAUGUACAUGGAUUUGAAGGGUAAAUAUUUGAAUGGGCGAAUUUUACAGAAAGAGUUAACAUGAGAAUGUAAAAACGUUGAAUUAUGAAUAUUGUAAAUUAUAAACUUUAUUUAUUUUACAACAAUUUCAUUUGUUAUCGGAGGUCAACCCCAUACCUUUUCACUUCUGAUCUGAGAAUCAAACCCUUGUAGCCAAGGUGAAUGUUGGUGUGUUACUCGCUGCACUUAUAUGUAGCUACCAACCACCCAUGAUUAUAGUACAGGUUUUGGAAUGAAAAGUAUUUGGAUAGUGAAAUUAAUCUCAGUAUUAUAAUGACAGCUAUGACAGCUAACUUGUGUGUUAGUGUUUAGAAUAUAUUCCCAUGUCACUUUUUUUUUUUAAUUAUUGUUUCCCAUGAAAAAUGUUGUUCACCUUUAAAAACACAUACAUCCUGUAAUGUUCAGUAAUUGCUGCAGAUAUUAUUAUUAUAUCAAUAACAGGAAGAUUUGUCUCAGAAUUUAUGUUUGAAAUCUGAUGAAAGAGAAAACUCCAUUAUUAUUUAAAUGAAUCUCAUCAAGCUUUUAUUCAAACAAAGAGUGUAUAAUGUUAAAAAAAUUAUUCAUGUCAGAAAAUUUUAGAUUAAUAAUUUAAUCCAGUAAUAUGUAGAUUAAAAUUUAGAUCAUGAAUAGAAAUAGAAGUUAAAACUUGUAUUAGUUAAUGCUACCCUGUAAUAAGCCCUGAAGGCAUUUACAUCUGCUUUGACUUGUAAGUGGGGGUUGACCUAAUUAUUGCAAGACAAGGAAACUUUUUCUUAGUAUUAUCACUGAGCUGCAAUAUGAAUAGGCUUAUUACCAGGGAUAGGCUUAGCUUAUUGCAGGAGAAACAUGUUAACAUAUACAUUGUAUGAUGUUUUCUAGUCUGAUCAAAUGAUCUAUAACAUUUAUUUAUUGUAACUGAUUAUGAUUUCUCGGUUGUGAUUUGUGUUUCUGAACGUUUCCUUAGAAACCUCAGAUACAAUGUUAGUCAGGUGGAAAAAUAUAUUUGUAAAUUGAAAUAAAUUAAAGUUGUCUUUAUUUUCUUUUUCGUUAUUUUACAAAUAAUUUCUUAACAAGUUAAACAAUGUAUUUUAAUUUUUGCACAGAAGAGAAAAAAAUCUCAAAAUGUUUUGUCUUUUCUCCUGUCAAUAAAUAGAAAAUGUAUUUUAAUAGGAUAAACCCGAUUCGUUCCCGUACGUGGACAAUUGCGUCAAAAGAUUUGUCUGAUAAAGUGGAUAAAAUUUAAGUAGUAUGAGUUGUUAAUUAAAGACAAAAUGCCAUCGACAGAGAGUUAUUGUCUAGUGUAUAUAUGAAAACUUUAUAACGUAUAAAUAUCCCAUACUAUAUAUACUUGUAUAUAGAAGUACACAAAACCAUUGUACGACCAAAUUCUUUUUCCGGCAAUAUGUUUUUUUUUGUAUUUUGUACAUAUUUUGCUUUUUUUUCUAUUCAGAUUUGUACCAAGGAUUAUAUAUAUUUUUUAUUUACAUUUGUACUUUAAAUGUUUAAUUUUUAUCGAAUUGUUGAAACAAAACAGAAUGUGUGAUAGAUUAAAGUUGUUUUUAUAUAUCUAUACUGUGACUGUACAGUGGAAAAACAAACAUACAAAAGUGUUGUGUAGAAGUACAUAACAUAAUACAUACAUACUGGUAUUCAAAAAAAUAUUUGAAUAUUUUGAUUUUCACGAAAUCCAUUCUUUAAUAUAUACACUAGCUGUAGUACAUGAUGAAAUCAAAUUGCUUUCUCAAAUUAUUUAUGCCACCUUUGGCAUUGCUGUAGCUCUCCCUUUAUUUGUUAAGUGUUCGUGUAUUGGCAAAGAACUACCUGACAUAGAACACUAUGAAUGAUAGGAGGUACUGCAGAAAUUUACAUUUUACUUAUAUCUCAUUUUAUAGUAAUUAAUAUCUGCUUAAUAUUAAAAUGUUUGCCUUGUUCUCCUUUGAAGAACUAUAUACAUUGCAUGUAUGCAACUGACAUUUUAUUAGUGUUGCCAUUGUUUGUUUGUUUGUUUAAUAUCUUUUAUUUAAUUGGUAUAUGCUGUGCUAGCUACUUAAACAGGAAAUUUAAAGAAAAUUCUACAAUUUUGUUUUAUUUGGAUUGCGUACUACAGAGUAUGGGUUGUUUUUUUCUAAUGUUUUCAAAAAUAUGUGAUCUACUGAAAAUCAUCUUGAAACUUAUGCAAAAAUGGAUAUUUCAUAAGAUUUACAAACUAUACAAACUACAUGUUUUUGUUACUUAGAUAACAAUAGAAUGACAUUUAAUGUGUCACAUAGAAAUGUUCAAGACUAGAUGAUGGUCAGAUUGUUUUUGUGAAAUUUUAAUACAUUGUUGUAAAAUGUUUGAAGAUUAAUUUCUGUUUCCUAUGAAAUCAUGGAGUACGAUGGAAGAAGAUAAACUUUGCACAUCUCGAAUUGUAUGAAGUGUAAUUCAAUUAAAAAUCCUUGCCUGUUGAUAUUGUUACUGAUAAUCAAAUCAAAGCACAAUGAUGUAACUAUGCAUAUGUUAGAUUAGUAUUAAUGUAUUAAUGUGUCACCGUUGGUGGUUGUGAGAGGUUCAGAAAAUGUGAUGUUCUUUUCUUUAGAGAUAACAACUUAAAAUAUGGAGCAUGUGGACAUGCAUGGCACCGUGUAAAAAUAUAAUCAUCAUUGUUUAAAAUGUUUAACCCUAGGAUCUGACCCCCAGAUCACUUAUGAUUAGAUUUUAUGUGUACCCUGUAAUCGAUAACUUAAUAUAUAGCCUACAAAAUUAUUGAUAUUUCUGUCAGAUCAUGACAGUUUGUUGUUAAGGAUGAAAAUGGGGUAAAAAAAAAGAAAGAAGAAAAAUGGAUAACUUGAUUAAUUUGGAUGUAUCAAAA